UUCUUUAACUUCAACUAAGCAAGCAGUCGCCAAAAGACUCUUGCCCGUCACUUUACUCUCGCAGGAGGAACUUGAUAUUUACAGAAAAAUGGGUAUGGGAACAGAAGAGAAUUUGGAUUAUAAAUGUGGAUUGAGUAUUGAUUCACAAGUAAUUGCACGAAUGGAAUUAAGAGAAGAUGAAAAUACGCGGGAGCAAGCUUUAGAAAAAUUUCGUGAAUGGAUAAAAAAACAUCCGCAAAUUAAAAAUUGUCGUACUGACGCUGUUUUUCUACUCAGGUUUCUUAGAACAAAAAAAUUUAGCCUCCCAUUAGCUGAGGAAAUGUUGGAACGUUAUCUCACAAUGAGACAACUUUAUCCUGAUUGGUUUCAAAAUUUAGAUAUUAAUGAUUCUGAUAUUGAAGCAAUAAUUGAUAGUGGAUAUUUGGUUCCACUAUUGGAAAGGGACGAGCAAGGAAGAAAAGUCAUUCUAUCAUGUGCUGGACGUUUUGAUCCCUAUAAAUACACUUCAGCUCAAAUGGCCAGAACACAUAGUAUUGUGGUGGAGGCUCUAAUGGACGAAGAAGAAAAUCAAGUUAAAGGAUACACUCAUUUAAAUGAUGAAUCUGGUCUCACUAUGGGUCAUAUUAGUGCAUGGUCAUUAACAGAUAUUCGAAAUAUGUUGAGAUGUAUUCAAAAUACAACUCCAAUGCGACAUAAAGAAACUCAUUUAAUCAACAUUCCUACUUGUGCAACAAAAGUCGUCGAGUUUGUCGUCUCUCUUCUCAACGAAAAACUCAAAAGUCGCAUACACAUUCACAAAACUAUAGACGAUCUCAAAAAGGCUGUUAAUCCACAAAUUUUGCCAAAAGAAUAUGGUGGGAAAAUUCCUCUUUCUGAAAUGAUUGACUCAUUUAAGAAAGUAUUGCGAGCAAAAAAUCAAGAGUUGAAGGCACUCGAUGACAUGUAUAUUGAAUUGUCACCAAAAGAAAAUUGUUCUACACCAAGUGAAGGUUUGGGAGGAAUUCCGGGCUCAUUUCGUAAAUUAGAAGUAGAUUAAAAUUCAUUUAUUUUUUAGAUUUAGUUUAUAUAUAUAUAUUUUAGUUUUGUUACGGAAUUGAUUUAAAAAUAUUUUUUUUUUCGAACAUUUACAAGAAACCAGAAAAAGAUUUCGUUUUGCAUAGAAAAAAUUACAUUUAAAAAAAAAAAUCUUUAUCAAAGAAUGUAAAUUUAAAAACGUGAGGCUCAUAUCUUACAGAUAAAAUUAUUUUUUUCCUUUCAAUAAUUAUGUAUAUUAUAUUUUUUUUUACACUAAUGUCUUUUUAUAAGUGUGAUAUAAUGAAAAUAGUUUUAAGAUUUAUUGAACCCAUAAUCAGAAAUGAUUUUGCUGGUGGUAUAAGUUACCAAUUUCAUUUUAAGUCCCUAAAAGUGCCUUACUCAUUAUGUAAAAGCACUGUAUUAUAAUAUAAAUGCAAAAUAGAAUUUUAAUAAUCUACAAUUAUUUUUGUACAUACAUAAUUCUCGAAUGUUGAAUCAAAUCAACAUAAAUAAUUAAAUCGAAACACUAUUAAUUGAAUAAAUAUUUUCCACAUAAAUUCUUAUAAAUAUGAUAUUAUGUUAAAAACAAUUUGUUCUUAUAUUUGAUAUUUUAAAGAAAUUGAUUUUAUAUUAUUUUUAUGGCAAAUAAUAAACAUAUAGUUAUAAGAAUAAAGUUAAAAAAGUUGAAAAUUAAAAAGUCUAUAUACUUUUUAAAUUUACACUACUUAAUAUUACGGGUAAUUCCAUAAAUAUAAAAUAAGUAUAAAAUUUAUAAAUAUACAAUAAAGUCAAUAAAUAUUCUUGAAAAGUUA